UAUUUUCCAGCGGAUGCUGCGGGGCAGGCAGGCAAUCUGUAGCGGCUGCUGCCCCGGAGAGAAAAUGUAAACAAGACCCGCACGGGAGGCGAGGCACGGGAGGAAGGAGGGAGAAAAGGGAGAGAUAAGAGGAAGUACAGAGAGGAGAGGCGAGAGGAGGGGAGAGAGACACCGCAGGACGCACACACAGCCUGCCGAGGGCGGCGGGGAAGGCUGUGAGGCUGGGGAAGGGGCGCCGUACGAGGGACAGACCAACCUAGCUUUUUUUCACCUGUCUGCUCCGCCUCACCUGAGCAUCACCGGGGAGCCCCAGGGUAAGAUUGGUGCUUGAUAGCUGAAGAGAUAAACUGAAAACACAUUUACACACACACACACGCACACACACACAAAAUCUUUCACCACUAAAGUUACUCGGUGAAAAAAUGUUUCUAAAACGAAUAUGAAUUAAGUUAAAAAUUUAGGAAGAUGUUGCUAGUAAAAUAGUCAGAGAAACAGAGAGAGAGAGAGUGAGCGAGUAUAUAAUAAAUUUCUUAAAAAAAUUAAUCAGUAAUUUCUGCAUGAAAAUGUGGAAGGAAAUAUAUUUUGCUGAUGAUGAUGAUUUUACUUUGAACUGUGAGUCUAGUCGAGAAUUUGAUGGCUACGAGAACAGUAAAUUGUAAAUAAAAAGAACACACACACACACACACACACACACACACACACACACACACACACACACACGAGGGCAGCUUCAAGUCACCACCAUCACUACUACUGGUGCUGCUACUACUAUUACUACUACUAUUACUGGUGCUGCUACUACUUGAAGGGAUAGAGUUGGUCCUCCUCCCUUCCUUCCUUCCAUACUUUUUUGCAGAGCCGCUACACUCCCUUCCAGAGUGCCAACAGAAGCCAUGAGUGCCACACGGUGCUUUGGGUGCCUGGCCCUGCGGCGCCUCCCUGCCUGUGGCACCCCCAGACAGCAGCGAGGGGUGCCGGUGCCUGUACGGUUGCCCUUGAGGUUAGGGAUGGGCAGAAGAUGGAGCAGUUCGUCCGUCACUUGGGAGCCUCCGGAGGGCCACGAAACAGGCAUCAACAUAUACAACAGUGUCACCAAGACCAAGGUACCACUAAGGACAAACCACCCCGGCCUGCUCACCUGGUACAACUGCGGCCCCACAGUGUAUGACUCGGCACACAUAGGCCACGCUCUGUGCUACGUUAAGAUCGACAUUAUCCGGCGAAUCCUGACGCGGGUGUUUGACAUGAACGUCAUCUCAGUCAUGGGCAUCACCGACAUCGACGACAAGAUCAUCAGGCGUUCCCAGGAGCUCAAGGUCAACUUCCGGGAGAUCACAGAGAAGUACGAGCAGGAGUUCUUCAGCGACAUGGACCGUCUGCGAGUGUGGCGGCCGUCUCUGGCGCCGCGGGUGACCGAGCAUGUCCCCCAUAUCAUCGCCUUCACCCAGGGCAUUAUGGACCGUGGCCUGGCCUAUGUGGCGGAUGAUGGUUCCGUCUACUUCAACACCGGUGCAUACGGGCGCUACGGCAAGCUGUUCCCAGUGGAGACGAUGGCAGCGGCGGCGGUGGGCCCAGCGGUGGUGCGGGCCAGCGUCAAGAGGUCGAUCAGGGACUUUGUGCUGUGGAAGUCCGCCAAGAAGGGAGAGCCAUCGUGGCCGUCUCCCUGGGGUCAAGGUCGGCCUGGCUGGCAUAUCGAGUGUUCGGCGAUGGCCAGCCACAUCCUGGGUGUGCCGCUGGACCUCCACGCGGGCGGCAAGGACCUCAUCUUCCCCCACCAUGAGAACGAGGAAGCCCAGUGCUGCGCCUAUCACGACACCCGUCAGUGGUGUAACUACUGGCUACAUACUGGCCACCUCCACACUCGGGGGACGGAGAAGAUGUCCAAGUCCCUCUAUAACACAAUCAGCGUCGACGCCCUCCUCGAGCAAAACUCCGUCAAUGCCUUCCGCCUCUACUGCCUCCUCUCGCACUACAGGAACAAUGUCGAGUUCAGCCCCACCUCCAUGGACAUUGCCAAGGCGCACAUGAGGAGAAUACGCUCAUUCCUCCACGAUGCCUACGCGUACAUCAACGGCCAGCUCAAGUGUGCGCCCCUGGACGAGCCGGCCCUCAAGAUGAAACUUGUGGAAACCAGCGCGAAAGUCAAGCGUCUCCUGGCCGACGACUUCGACACGGCGCGGGCGGUGGACGCUGUAAUGGAGCUGAUCACCUUUGGCAACAAGGAGCUCAAGAAACAGCCACAGGGCACCAGUCUGUCGAGGAGUGCGGGCAGCAUGGCGGCAAUCUGCAGCUAUAUUCACUACCUGAUGGAGGAUGUCUUUGGGAUACACCUGCCCAGCGUGACCGAUGCCUCAAACUUGUCCCUGGAGUCUGGGGGUCGUCUCUUCCACGUCAUGAACUCUGUGGUGGAGUUACGGGACAAGGUUCGACGUUACGCCCUUCUGCAAGACACACCUCCGCAGGGACAGCCUGCCCUGAGUGCGGAGGAGGUGAAGGCGAAGAAGAGAGAGAGAACACCCCUCCUGCAAGCCUGUGAUGACCUGCGCAAUGACCUGCUCAAAAGUGGCCUGCAGAUCAAGGACCACCAAGGGAACAGCUCCUGGUCGUUAGCUGAUGACCCGACAGAGAAGAAAUGAAGAUGAAAAAGAAGAAAAGGAGAAAGACAAGGAAGAGGAAAGAAAGGGAACAAGAAGAAGAAAAUGAAGACAACAACAACCACCAUCACCAAAUACAUACAUACAUACAUACAUACUUAAAGAUAGCCAUAUGAGUGAAGGUUUUUAUACACAUAGAUAGAUAACAACUAUUGCGUGUAUAUAUGUAACCAGUCAGUCAGUCAGUCAGUCAGUCAGCCAGUCAGUCAGUCUUACCAUGUACAGUCUAGGUCAUAAGUAGUGUCUCGUUUUGACUGUUAUUUUGUUAGUAAGGAAGUGAUUUAUAAUGACCCCAAUAAGGAAAGGUCUGUGUGUGUGUGUGUGUGUGUGUGUGUGUGUGUGUGGACUGAUCAGGGAGUUAAUAAAGAAUGAAAAAAUGA